AUGUGCCCUGCUAGAUCUAGACACACCUGAUACAAAGUUUCAAAUCUGCAACAAUCGACAUUAAAGGAACCCCAGUUCUGUGGAAUACAAGGUGUGGGGACCAUGGCUCUAACGAAUAGAGAGAAGCAGGCCCGCUUCCGGGAGCGCCUGAAGAAGAACCCCUCCCUUCAUGAGAAGUUUACAGAGAAGGACCGGAAACGAAAAUCCCUUGAAAGACAAGUCCUGAAGAGAAGUACAGAAAAGUGGAAAGAAUAUCGGGCAAAAGAAAACAAAAGACUGAGAGAAUUCCACACGCAGAAAAAUGCAGGGGGUCAUAGGGCUGGGGAAGAAUCCCCCUCAGGUUUUCGCUCACGUCAGUCACUGGGCAAGGCUGUAAAGAAGGCAAAGCAAGCCCUUCCCAAAUCGCCGAGGAAGCGUAAGGCCGUCACGGCAGUUUUGGCUGAAGAAAGUGGCAUUGUUGCCAAAAGUGUUAUUUCUCCGGGUAAAAUGAAUAGGGGAAUAUCCGAUGAAACGAAGCAGCAAGUCGUUGACUUCUAUUUAAGUGAUGAGAUAUCUUGGCAAGCACCAGGCCUGAAAGACCACACAAUUAUUUGCACCAAAGAUGACAAGGGUGUGAAGCAGAAAACCUACGUCCAAUCAAGGUACAUGCUCACAUCCUUGUCUGAAGCGUAUCAAAUACUCUGCCAAGAGACAGAUAUUGAAAUCAGUAGGAGUAAAUUCUGUGAUUUACGGCCAAAGAAUGUGAAACUUUAUGAAGCAAUAUAGGUACCCAGGUUUGGCAGUUUUUACUGUGCUGUUGCAAUCAGUUUAUUUUAAACUACUAGUA